AUGGCCAUGCUGGCCUCGAAAACGCCGUACCAGGCGGGCCUCUCCUCCAACCAAUCCACAUUGGUGCCCUCGAGCUCAACACAAUCCUCCUAUGCACCACCAAGGAGGGCGCCGACAUUCCCGACACAGAGUCAGUCUUUUGCGAGUCCUACCGAAUCAGAGUUCUCCGAGGGCGAUGGGCCAGACUCGGUCAAGUACUGGGACGAGGACAGGGUGUGCGACUACCUUAGGAGUGUAAAAUGUGGCGACUACGAGAAGCUGUUCAGGAAAAACCACAUCAAUGGCGAGAACCUGCUCGAGAUGGACAAGGAGGUCCUGAAGGAGAUGGGUAUUGACAAGGUCGGCGACCGCGUGCGCUUGUUCCUGGGCAUCAAGAAGCUGAGGACACAGGCAUAUGCCAACCAGAAGAAGCGGAAUAGGGACUCCUUUGGUGGCCUGAUGGACCUCCCACAGUACACACCAUCAUCAACAAGCUCCCCCCGCCCGCCGAACUCAGCUGCCCGGUCGCUGCCCACGCCCUCGGCCAACAAGCGCUACUCGAGACAGUACGACACAUCCAUCAUGCUCGAUCCACAACAAAGGUCAACGUCGAGGCCCACGUCUCCCUUGCCCAACACAGAGUACAAGUCUAGCAACCAGAGAUACGCACCGCGGAAUGUUGGCCAAGGCCUUCCUACCGGACCACGGAUGCCCACCUCGCCGCCGCAGACCCGCACCGCCCAGCUGUCCGCCCACAACAGGAACAACUCAAGCGCGGAUGGAUCUCUGAUGGCAGCGCUGCCUCAGAACCAGGAUGUAAUUCGCGUGAUCUCCAGUGGUGGGGUCACCAAGGUGGUUAAGAUCGCCGAGUGUAAAAACUGCGAAGAGGUCAUGCGGGUCACGCUGCGCAAGUUUUCUCUGCGGGAAGAUUACGAGAGGAAUUACUGUUUCUGGGUCCUGGUUGGGCUCGAGCCUGACCCAAAAAUGUGCCGUCGUCUGGGCGACACGGAGCUCUGGAAGAUCAUCAAGGACGAGAAGAGGCCCGAGAGGAACAGGCUCAUCCUCAGGAGGGUGCCCGCCGGCGAGCCAGGCCACAGCGAGCUGGAGCGGGCUGCAGCCAUCGCGAUGGAGGAGAACCAGCAGAACCACCGGACCGUCGAAUCCUUUGGCAACAGGAGCCAGAUGAAAGUGCAGAAACUGCUCGGGGAGAGCUGGGAAGCCAUGCAGCCGCCGCUGUCACCCGUAUCAUACCAGGACCGGGAGAGAAACGUAAAGAACACUGCCCGCGAGCUGGAACGACCUGCACCACAGGAUGCCGCCAGCCCUCCCCUGCCGAGAGCUCGCAAGGGGCUCCUGAGGCAGUUUGGUGGACUCCGGCCCCCCAGCGAGCUCAUCGCUUCCGACCUCACCUCGUACUUCCCAGACCAUCCGAGAGAAGAUAUCGACCGCACUGCCCGGUUGUCUAUGCGCCGAUCUGCGCGCCUCAGCAAGGUCAACAGCCGCCUCAGCGUUGCAAGCAAUCUGAGCUUUGCAUCAAGCAUCCAGGACGCACCCCCCAUCCCAACGAUCGCCGACAGCUGGCUGAACGCCACGAGUCAGAUUGCCAAGGUUCGUCCCAAUGUCCACGGACGCAUGACGCCAAUGUUCCGCGACUCUGUUGCCUCGUCGGUGCUUGAUACGCUCCAGGAGGAGUCCAGCCCCAUUGAGCCGAAUCGCAAGUCAUAUGUCUCCUUUGCCGAUAGUGGCUCAGACUCAGCUGCCGUCAGCGUCACCGACCCCGAGGGCAAUGUCGUCAGACAUAGCUAUUUCGACGGGGAGAGCAGCACUGGUGGGUCUGGCUCGAGCUCACUCCGAGAUGUCAACCAGGCGCUCAACGAGGAUGGUGAGGAUGCCGAUGAGGAACUACAAAGCUUCCUGGCCGGCGAGUCAUGGGACGACAACAAGUGGAUGAAGGGUGCCAUGAUCGGCCAAGGUUCUUUUGGCUGUGUCUAUCUCGCCCUGCACGCCGUGACUGGCGAGCUGCUGGCAGUCAAGCAGGUCGAGACCCCCUCGCCAGGCGCCAAUUCUCAGAACGACCACAGGAAGAAGAGCAUGAUCGAGGCACUCAAGCGCGAGAUCAGUCUGCUCCGAGACCUCCGCCACCCCAACAUCGUGCAGUACCUCGGCUGCAGUUCCUCUCCUGAAUACCUGAAUAUUUUCCUCGAGUACGUCCCUGGCGGCUCUGUGCAGACGAUGCUCAACUCGUACGGCGCGCUGCCCGAGCCGCCUGUUCGCAGCUUUACCAGGCAGAUCCUGACGGGUCUGUCAUACCUGCACGGCAAGGAGAUCAUCCACCGCGACAUCAAGGGUGCCAACAUCCUCGUCGACAACAAGGGCACGAUCAAGAUCUCCGACUUUGGCAUCUCCAAGAAGCUCGAGGCGACCAACAUCCUCACCGGCGCCAACAACAACAAGCACCGCCCAUCGCUGCAGGGCUCCGUGUACUGGAUGGCGCCCGAGGUGGUCAAGCAGACGAGCUACACGCGCAAGGCCGACAUCUGGUCCCUCGGGUGCCUGGUCGUCGAGAUGAUGACGGGCACGCACCCGUUCCCAGACUGCUCGCAGCUGCAGGCCAUCUUCAAGAUCGGUGGUGCCAAGGCGGCGCCCACCAUCCCCGAGCACGCCAGCGAGGAUGCCCAGAACUUCCUUGGUCAGACUUUCGAGCUUGACCAUACCAAGAGACCCAGCGCGGACGAGUUGAUGCUCCACUCGUUCCUGACGCCCAUCACCUAA